AUGAUCAACUUGCGCUCCAUCCUCCUCCUGGUAAUAUCCUACGUUAUUAUUCCGCGCCUCACAUUUCUCCCGCCCAAUGUCCACUCGCUGCUAAGCAUCUUCGGGCCCUUCCUCAUACCUCUCGUUUUCGACUGGAUCAAAACCGCGCGCACAGCUUCUCCGAGUGUACCCAUACGUCCGACACCACCAAGAGUUCAGCAUGCGCUCAAUUUGCUCUUCUUGAGCGCAGUCGUAUGCCUUGGUCUUUCGCUUUCGCGAUAUGCACCCGAGAAUAUCUUCCUCAAAACACAGAGCCACAUACGGACGGAGCCAAGCGUGUUGUUUGUGCGACUGAGGCAUCUGCGCCCACUCACGGACGAAGAUGAAGCCCUCCUGGCAAAGCUCAAGUGGGGUAUGCGCAACAAGCUGCUCUAUCUCGCGUAUGGUCCAGACACACUGCUGAACUGUGUGUGGUGCACUGUGGCCGACGGGAAUGAUCAGUUCAACUACUUUCUAUACUCUCUGCCGAAAAUCGUCACGCCGCACAUAUUUCAACUAGCCGUGCUCGGUCUCGCUACCUCGUCGCUCGUCGGAGCUGAAGGCUCACGCUUCCGCAUUCACGCUACAAUUGCAGGAAUAUUCAUGAUGGUGGUAGAAGUUUGGUACAUGGGUACUUAUGAUAUUCUGGCCAACAAACGGGCAAAGUACGUCCAGGACCUCGAUUCGGCAUACUGGCGCGUCCGCUUCCUACGAUACAUAACAUUUGCCCUGGUCGACAUGGGCCUGGCGUAUGUGCUGUGGGCUACGAGUACCAACCGGUUGUUUGCGAAACCCGUUUCCAUUGCCGAGCGCAUCGAAGUCACUACCCGGACGGCGGAGGAUACUUUUAACAAGACGCGGGCAUUGGGGCUACUCACAAACUCUGUGAACCGCGAUCCGGCGCUGAGGGGCGUAAGGGAAGAAUAUUGGAGGACGGAGGGACAGGUCACGGCAGAAGUGGUGCAGGAUGAAGUGGUGACGGAGCAGAUCAAUGCUGCGAUUAGCAGGUUGGAUAUGGGCUCGCUGGAAGGUCGUGUUGGAGAGGUUGCCGACGGCAUACUUGCAGGCAUUGACAGUCUGAGGGCAGGAUAG